AUGGUUGUCGAAUUCGGCUUUGGAUUUGUGAUGGUUGGACUUAAUGCCAUGUACUUGAAGAGGUUCUGGCAGCUGGAGUCGUAUCACAAAAGCUUCCGACAGACGUUUGUAAGAUACUCCAUAUUAUUAACGGUGUUUAAAAAAAUUUUGAAAAAAAAAAGUUUUUGCUUAUGUCUUUGUUCUCUUUGCAGCUCUCUACGAGAUUUAAGACUGAUUUAAAAUUUGCAGCCGUGAGUUUUUAGAAUAAGCGAAAGAAUUUUUUACUGCCUCGGCGGAGUGGCCAUUUUCGGCGGAGACACGGCCGAGAUAUUGAACGAUCUUUGCCGUCAAGGAAGUCAAGGAAGAAAUGCGGAGAGAUUUCAGAGCGGAGAUAAAAACAAAUUUUAGUAGUAUCUUUCCCAAGGGCAGAAAAAAAUUUUUUUGUGGAAACAGUACAGUAAGGGACCUAAUCCAGUGGCAAAAAACGUAUCAUUUUGCAUCCGGGAAGUAUCAAAAAUGUGGCUAAAUGCUUCCCUCUCCAAUUGAAACAACCCCGAUUUCAAAACCGCGCCCGCUUUUUUUGUGAGUGAAAGGGCGCGCCCUUCAAAACGAAGUUUUUUCACUUGGAGAGGGAUACAUUGUGCCACGUUUUGGUCCCCCACUAUAUAUCCUGCGUCAGAAACAAGCGUGGAGCUUUUCGUGCGAAAACAAGGGCAGAGUUUUGUACAUCAGUCUGCCGGGAAAAUAAUGAUCACAAUGUCUUUGCGCCAAUAACGUCGCCGAAGUGAAAAAAAAAAUUGAUUUGCCGCGACACAAUUCAUUUUCUCGGCAGCGGUGCAAUUUUUGGUGCGACGGAGUGCCCAUUAUUUUCCCGACAGACUGAUAUAACUAUACAUACAUAAAAAAGUGAAUUCCACUGUUUUCAGAUGGGAGUCAACGUCAUUCUCAGCUUCACAGCCCUGUUCCAUCCCCUCUCCGAGUUUGCGGACGAGUUCUUAACCUCCGCCGCGGCAGAAUAUCAACUUUCGGCGGUUCAGCGGGCCCUCCAGUAUUCGCUCUACAUCAUUGACCAUGUCGCCAUCGUCUUUCUGCAUAUGAAAUUUUACAUUUUGUCGUUUGAGCGGGUGUUUGCGUUCCGUCGGAGGACGGUGUACGAGCAUGAGGACAACAAUUUGCCGUUCAGAAUUUUGAUGUUUGUUGUAGGUGGAGAACAUUUUUCGAAUUGUGUUCAUUUUUUCCCGACGGAGUCAUAUCUUCCUAACGUCUAAUAUAUGUAAAUUCGCUUCAAAUUCAGUAAAACCUAAGCGUAGCACUUCCCCAAAAAAUCAAACUUCUCACAUAAAUAUGUCAUUAUUUUUUUCAGGCAUCAUUCGUCCUGCUCGAGCUGGUCGCGAAACUGAUUUUUUACCUAAAUUUCGAUGUCAGCGGUACGAGAGACGAACGCAUACUCAAAGCGUUGAGCAUAUGGAAAUCACCUUCAUUUUUCAUGUUCUCCUACGCCCUGUACUUCUCGUCGGUGGCGGUUGGAAUGAUCGUAUGUUGUGCUAGUUUUGACGUGCCUUUCUAAAUUUUCAAAUGGUCUUCUACAAUGGUGACGUGAAGCAACCCUUUUAAAAUUUUCCAAACACAUUGUGUAAAGGCCACGUCUCAAUUCCUAAAAAUUUCCGCUUGCGCUUUGCAAGAAUAGCCAGGAUACAGUGGGGGACCAGAUCCAGUGGCAAAACACGUACCAUUUUGCAUCCAGGAAGCAUCAAAAAAUAUGGCAAAAUAUCUCCCUCUCAAAGUGAAAAUACUCAGAGUUCAAAAGCGCGCCCGCUCUUUUUGUUAGGAAAAAAGGCGCGCCCUUCAAAACGAACUUGUUCCACUUGGAGAGGGAAGCAUUUUGCCACAUUUUCGAUACUUUCCGGAUGCAAAAUGAUAUGUUUUUUGUCACUGGAUCAGGUACCCCACUGUAAUAGCUGAUAAUCUCUCGUUUAUCCUUCAGUUCUUCAACAACAUUGGCCGCGUCCUGCGACACUAUCGAUACCACAGUCAGAGUUUGAGCGAGAGCUUCGAGAUUCACCAGACGGAAAAGAUCUCCACGAUUAUGUGGCCGGUCCUCAAGGUUUGCUUGUAUGUGGGAUGCGUGUCCACUCCGUCUCUGAUUGUCUGCAUUCACCAGGUCUUCUUCUUCAACGGCUCGGCGGCUUGGCAAAGCGCCUAUGCCAUGUGUGUUCGGGUAGGCGAUUGUGUCAUUGGUCGAGUCGAGGCUUCCACUAUCAUCCGUCUGUCUGGAAAAUAAUGAACAAAGUCGCUGCGCCGGAUGUGUCGCUGAAGUGAAAAGCAAUUUGAUUUUGUCGCGACACAAUUUAUUUUCUCGACAGCGGCGCGAUUUCUCUGACAGAGUGCUCAUUAUUUCCCCGACAGACUGAUAAAACUUGGCGAGUCAUUUUAGAUAAUGUUUUUUUAGGUAGACUACUUUAUUGUGGCGAUCUAUACGUUUUUCUCUUUUUUAUACGCUUUCCACAAGUUUGGAGUCCUGCAGAGAAGUCGGGUAUGUUUUUGAGGACGUUAACAUUCACUGAUUUGGCGCUACAACUUUCCGGCUCGUUGGCAUUAGGGGUCAACACUGUUCGUCUAUAUUUUGACUGAUAUAAUAGAAAACUUUAUAAAAAUAUUUAUUAGUCGGAUAGUUGAUCACUUUUUAAGUCUUCAUCAAGUCUCCGCCAAGCUCUUGCUGACGGGAGCUUUCAACGGUCUCUUCCACUUUUUUGUCCACUUUGGCGUUCCGUAUCACUUUUUUUAUGUGUAUCCGCCUGUCCUACGCCUCGUAUCGAUCGGUUUUCUGUUCACCCAAACUGUCGCUUGCCCGAAAAGUCAUAGCGACAAAUCAACGAGUUGAAAAGGGGUUAUGUUGGAACAAUUCAAGACAACGCUUCCAGUUGACUUUACAAGAUUUUUUGGCCAAACCUAUAGAAACAUUUUUCCAGGACCACUACGUAGCUGACUCCCACUCCACAACAAUCAUAGAUGCAGCGAAAAAAGGCCAAGACGACUAUUUCAAGAUUCUCCAAGCGUCCUGGGAAUGCCGCGAAAAGAUUCCAACGAAACUACGCUUGUAA